AUGUCGGCCUCAAAUUCUACCGACAACGUCGAAAUGGCUCCAAACGUGGAAAGCCUAGAGACAUACAAAUUCCCUGAACAUAGGCUCAAGAGAGUCAUGAAGGACCCAAGCAAGACGCCCCUUGUUUUGGUUUCUGCUGGUAGUUUCAGCCCUCCAACAUACCUACACCUGCGAAUGCAAGAAAUGGCUGCUGAUUAUGCUAAAUUCAAUACUAAUUUUGAGCUCAUGGGAGGUUACUUGUCGCCAGUAUCGGAUGCUUACAGAAAGGCAGGACUGGCUAGUGCAGAGGAUCGAAUUUCCAUGUGUCGACUCGCCGUGGAUGAAGGCUCUGAGUGGCUAAUGAUUGAUCCCUGGGAAGCCUUCCAUAAAGAAUAUCAGCCUACCGCGGUAGUGCUGGACCAUUUCGACCACGAGAUUAAUGUCGUCCGUCAGGGCGUUGACUGCGGAGAUGGAACCCGCAAACCAGUUCGCGUAGCCCUUCUCGCAGGCGCUGACUUGAUCCACACAAUGUCGACGCCAGGUGUAUGGAGUGACAAAGAUCUAGAUCAUAUUCUAGGACGAUACGGGGCUUUUAUUGUUGAGCGCAACGGCACUGAUAUUGAUGAGGCGCUAGCAGCAUUGCAGCCGUGGCGCGACAAUAUCCAUGUCAUUCAGCAAUUAAUACAAAACGACGUAAGCAGCACCAAGAUCAGGCUCUUCUUACGACGAGAAAUGAGCGUUCGAUAUUUAAUUCCGACCCCUGUGAUCACUUAUAUCGAACAACAUCACCUAUAUGAAGAUGACGGCUCAGGAAGCACCACUGCGCUCGAUAAAGGAAAGGAUAAAGAAACUGCAACUCCGGCCUGA